AUGUCGGAUAUCGAGGAUGAGAUGGACGUCGACGCACCUGUUGCAGACACCUCCAUCAGCUUUGGGGGAGACACAAAGAAGGGCAAGAGAAGUGCGGCCAAUCUGCCUGUCGAGGCCGAAGACUCGCUACCAUGGGUGGAGAAGUACCGACCGAAUUCCCUCGCCGAUGUCGAAGGGCACCAAGACAUCAUAGCUACCAUCAACAAGUUCGUCGACUCGAACCGACUUCCACAUCUGCUCCUCUACGGGCCACCAGGCACCGGCAAGACAUCAACUGUCCUCGCCCUCGCACGACGCAUAUAUGGCAAUAAGAACAUGAGGCAGAUGGUCCUGGAGCUGAAUGCAUCAGACGACAGAGGCAUCGACGUGGUACGAGAGCAGAUCAAGACCUUUAGCAGCACAAAACAGAUCUUCUCGGCCGCACCAAAGCCAGGGGAUGCAUCGCUUGCCACCUUCAAACUCAUCAUCUUGGACGAGGCGGACGCCAUGACUUCGACAGCGCAGAUGGCCCUGCGACGGAUCAUGGAGAAGUACACAGCCAACACACGCUUCUGCAUCAUCGCAAACUACACACAUAAGCUGUCCCCGGCGCUCCUCUCUCGAUGCACCCGUUUCCGCUUCUCGCCACUGAAGGAGCGAGACAUCAGGAAUCUGGUGGACAAGGUUGUCGAAGACGAGAAGGUCAACAUCACGCAAGACGCUACAGAGUCGCUGGUGACGCUCAGCAAGGGAGACAUGAGACGAGCGCUCAACGUGUUACAAGCCUGCCAUGCAUCUAGCACGCCUUUGCAACCACCUGGGCAGCCUGCAGCAGACCCCAGCACCAUCGUACGAGACCAGAUUACGCAGACGACCAUUUACGAUUGCAUUGCAGCACCGCACCCUUCAGACGUUAAAUUCAUACUGGACACACUGCUUUCGACAAACGACAUGACCCAGUGUCUGCGCACAGUCAACAACCUGAAGACCAUGAAGGGGCUGGCUUUGGCGGACAUUCUCACUACAGUGAGUGAGGAGCUGGUCAAGAAUGACGUCCCUCCUCAAGUCAUGGUGACUUGGAUGUCGGGUCUGGCAGACAUCGAGUACAGACUCAGCGGAGGAGGCAGCGAAGCCAUACAGACAGGAGCCGCCAUCGGUGUGGUCCGGACCGGCGUGGAGCUAAUGGAGAAUGGCAAAAAGUGA